CAUCCAUCACGCCCGGAGGGGGAUCCGUUUACACUAGCCCGGAAAACAAGCCGAAGCGAGCGCCCGGGAACGGUCGCGCCACCAAGGGACGGCGCGCGUUUUGGAGAGCCUGCGCGCGUUUUGGAGAGCCUGCGCCUGGACCUCCCAAGGAAGCCAACUACUGCAAAGAAGGAAGGUUGCAUUUUCUACCUCUGCCAGACCCAGUCUCCAGCGCUGGCCCCCCUGAUGGCAGUUGGCACUUCCCUGUAAAACCUGCCAAGCUGGACGCCACAGCUUUGAACGACUGCACUUUGGCUGCCACUGUGCCCUUUCCUGAGACAACCGACCAUGCAGUCCUAGCCUGUCAUGAAGAGCACUAUGUAAGCGAAGCUGUGGAAAAUGACCCAUCAGACUACAGGGAGUACAGAGAUGCUGGCACCAUUACUGAUGUGUGCAAUAGUACAAAUCUUCCCGAAGUUGAAAUCAUCAGUCUGCUUGAAGAGCAGCUACCACACUACAAGCUAAGAGCAGACACCAUCUAUGGUUAUGACCACGACGACUGGCUUCAUACACCUCUCCUUUCUCCUGAUGCUAAUAUUGAUUUAACAACAGAGCAAAUAGAAGAGACACUGAAAUACUUCCUUUUAUGUGCUGAAAGAGUGGGCCAGAUGACUAAAACAUACAAUGACAUUGAUGCUGUUACACGUCUUCUUGAAGAGGCAAAGCGGGAUUUAGAAUUAGCUGCUCGGAUUGGCCAGUCCUUGUUAAAGAAGAAUAAGACUCUGACUGAGAGAAAUGAACUCCUUGAAGAACAAGUAGAGCACAUCAGGGAAGAGGUUUCUCAGUUACGUCAUGAGCUGUCCAUGAAAGAUGAGCUGCUUCAGUUUUACACCAGUGCUGCUGAAGAGAGCGAGCCGGAAUCCAUCUGUUCAACUCCGUUGAAGAGGAAUGAGUCGUCUUCAUCUGUCCAGAACUAUUUUCAUUUAGAUUCCCUUCAAAAGAAACUUAAGGACCUUGAAGAGGAGAACGUUGUGCUUAGAUCAGAGGCUUGCCAGCUACAGACCGAAACCAUUUCUUUUGAAGAGAAAGAACAGCAGCUUGUCAACGACUGUGUAAAGGAGCUCAGAGAUGCAAACAUCCAGAUUGCAAGUAUCUCUGAAGAGUUGGCCAAGAAAACUGAUGAUGCGGCCAGACAGCAGGAGGAAAUCACUCACCUUCUCUCUCAGAUAGUGGAUUUGCAGAAAAAGGCAAAAGCUUGUACGGUGGAAAAUGAAGAACUCGUCCAACAUCUGGGAGCUGCUAAAGAUGCCCAAAGGCAACUCACAGCAGAAUUACGAGAGCUGGAAGACAAGUAUGCAGAGUGCAUGGAAAUGCUUCACGAGGCGCAGGAAGAGCUGAAGAACCUUCGGAACAAGACGAUGCCAAAUGCCAUAUCACGCCGUUACCACUCCUUAGGCCUUUUCCCCAUGGAUUCCUUGGCAGCAGAAAUUGAAGGGUCAAUGCGAAAAGAACUGCAUCUGGAUGAUCCUGACAGCCCCGACUUAACCCAUCACAAGAGAGUCUUUGAUGCCGUGCGAAACAUCAACCAAGUGGUAAAGCAGAGAUCUCUAACUCCCUCUCCAAUGAACAUCCCUGGGUCUAACCAGUCUUCAGCAAUGAACUCGGUCAUUUCUAGCUGUGUCAGCACACCACGAUCCAGCUUCUAUGGAGGAGACAUUUCCAAUUUUGUGAUAGACAACAAGACUAAUAGCAUCAUCCUAGAAACUGACUCUACUGACUCUGGAAAUGAAGAAAAGAACAAAAAACCUGGAACCCCAGGAACCCCUGGCUCUAGCGACUUGGAAACGGCACUUCGAAGGCUGUCUCUUCGGAGAGAGAACUACCUGUCCGAGAGGAGGUUCUUUGAAGAAGAGCAGGAAAGGAAGCUGAGAGAACUGGCCGAGAAGGGUGAACUCCACAGUGGCUCCAUCACUCCAACGGAGAGUAUCAUGUCGUUGGGAACUCACUCCAGGUUUUCCGAAUUUACUGGCUAUUCAGGAAUGUCCAUCAGCAGUCGCUCUUACCUCCCAGAGAAGCUUCAGAUUGUGAAGCCCUUAGAAGGUUCUGCCACUUUGCACCACUGGCAACAGCUUGCGCAGCCUCACCUUGGGGGCAUCCUUGACCCACGGCCUGGGGUUGUCACUAAGGGCUUCCGGACUCUUGACCUCGACCAGGACGAAGUAUACUGCCUUAACGAUUUUGAAGAAGACGAGUCAGGUGACAUUACAUACAAGGGCCUUACUACCUCGCCGUCGAUGCAUCACACCGAGACCUCAGGUGAGAGGUCACAAGCGCAAGGGACUGUUUCAGACAGCGAGAAUCCCCCAAGUCGCUCUCAGGCUUCCCCAGAGGAGAUGCAGGAACCGGCGACUGACGAUGAUGAGGGGUCUGUACAUCAUCCUGGGAAGUGCAUGUCACAAACCAACUCCACCUUCACCUUCACCACCUGCCGCAUUCUGCACCCUUCCGAUGAGCUCACACGAGUCACUCCAAGCCUUAACGCAGCACCUACUCCAGCUUGUAGCAGCGUUGGCAAUUUGAAAGGCACCCCGGUGGCCACGCCGUGCACCCCUCGGCGCCUGAGUUUGGUCGAAUCCUUCACCAACCUCCGGGAGUCUACAACCACCAUGAGCACUUCCUUGGGGCUGGUGUGGCUACUCAAAGAGCGUGGGAUAUCGGCAGCAGUGUAUAACCCGCAGAGCUGGGACCGCGCCGGCAGGAGUUCCCUCCUGAGCACCUACGCUCCCAGAAUGGCCGUCAUUCCUUCCACUCCCCCCAACUCGCCUAUGCAGACGCCUUCUUCCUCCCCGCCGUCUUUUGAGUUCAAAUGCACCAGCCCCCCGUACGACAACUUCUUGGCUUCCAAGCCGGCCAGUUCCAUUCUGAAGGAGGUGCGAGAGAAAAAGAACAUCCGCAGCAGUGAGAGCCAAACGGACGUGUCCGUCUCGAACCUCAACCUCGUGGACAAAGUGAAAAAGUUUGGGAUUGCCAAAGCGGUGAGCUCAGGGCAGCCGCAAGCCCCUGCGUUGGCGGACGUGCAAGGACCUCUUUUACCCAGGGCACAAAGGCCAAUGAAGGCCUUUGCUCCCGGGAGCCUGGUACCAGAAGACCUGGCCUUGGGCGGUCCUUCUGUGACAAGUGCCAUUGGGGGUCUUCAGCUGAACAGCGGCAUUAGGAGAAACCGAAGUUUUCCAACGAUGGUGGGUUCCAGCAUGCAGAUGAAAGCGCCAUCGUCUUUUACUCCUGGCCUGUUGAUGGGAGCAAAGCUUCCUAAGCAAACCAGCUUACGGUGAAUGGCUUAAGAUGCGGCCGAACUUGUAGAGGAGACAACGAAAGCGCUCCUUCUUCAGACAGUUUUUUUUAAAAAAAGAAACAACAACAGAUUUUUCUUCUUCCAUUUACCAUUGAGUUUGACAAAUCAAAUUUGUGCCUAAUGGGGGGUGGGUGGGAAGAGUGUAAACUUUGUACAGGAUGUAAAUAUGUACCAGAUGUAUUAUAAGUGAAUCAUGACACUGUUUUGACAAUUUAACAUGCUAACCUUUUGGAAAGGGUGUUUUUGUUUUUCUUUGCACUGAAAAAAAAAGAGCAAUCCUUGGAUAGAAAAAAUAAAAAUAAAGAAUUCUUAGUUAGCCUAGCUUGAUAUUGGAACUAGCCUCAUCUAGCAAGGGUUACAGAUCAUUCUUUCCAAACUGUGGGAUAUCAGCACACAUAGUAACUCCUAUAAACACAAGAAAUUUUUGUAGUUCAUCAAAGCAAGUAGAUUAGCAUCUUGAACAUCUUAUUCUGCCUUUAUGGAUGAGAGGGGGAAUAGUCAAAGGAUCUUUUUUCUUACAAAAUAAACUUGAAGUAAUAAUGUGUUGAGAGUGACUGCUAAGUCUGCUAGGUGCCAGGAAGAAAACACACCUCUACUGCUGCUGUUUCAUGUCCUGUGUUAAUAUUAUUUUCAAUGCUGCACUGGAAUGUGGAAGGAAAAGUGCUUUAAAUAGUGUUUUGUUGCAGACACUGAAAAUACACACCUCUCAGAAACAAAACGAAAUCUUGUAUCUUUCUUUCAUGAGGAGCCAAAGUCACUGAAAGAGUUGAUUGUAGGUAUGUUUAAAAGCCUAAAUUUAAACAAAUGUAGUACAGUAUUGCCAAAAGAUGUGUCCUUAAGAGAAUAAUUUCAAAAAUAGCUUAGGAAGAGUGGUACAAGUGAAGGAUAAAUAUUUCCAUCUAUUCUUUACCUCCAGAUUUUGAGGUAUUUAAAAUGACCCAGUGGAUCACUUCAUAAACAGGGUUAGACCAUUGCUAUUUUAAGUGACGGUAUAAUUGUCUUUCAUACAUAUCUGUUUCCAUCCGAUCCAUGUGAUAGAGCUACUAGCAAAUGGUUUUACAUCAUCCGCCCUAAUACUUUUUGGAAAUCUUCAGUAUUUGGACUUUUCUUCCCCCAAAGACUUUUCUAAUUGUAAGGCUAAUUCAUUAUUUAGUAUUACAUAUUUUUUUAAUGGUUCGUUCACACAAAUCAGGAUCAGACUGGUUUAUGAUCCUGGCUUGUUCACUAACCAUAAUGAUAAACUAAUGAGUUUCCCUAACUUUGGACUUCCCAGGGAGCUCUGGUUAGUUUGAAAGUGGAAGCAGAUGUUUCUGACCUUGAGGCUGAGUCCAAGGUUCAUUCAUGUAACGCUAAAUCAUAAUUUAGCGCUGUAGCAUUGCGUCCAAAAUGACCCAGUACGUAGAAACUUGAAACAACAUCUGGAAAGAACUGAAAACAAACGAGGAUCACAAGCCACCAUUAAGUUCUUCCGCCAAGAAGAUGGCAGCUUGGCCAGAGCAUUCUUGUGCAACCUCCAUUGGGGUUUUUUUUUGGGGGGGGGUCUUAUUCAACAGAACUUCCUGCCCCAGGUCAGGUUUAUUUUUGAGCUUAUGUUUUGAAGCAGUUGGUGUGCCUAGUUGUGUGCGUGGCUUGUUCUUGACUUGAUUUAAAACCAAACCCACUUUAUUUAUUUAUUGCCAGUACCUCACUACAUACCGUGCAUUGCCGUUGUGCCAGACUGUUACUAAAUCAUUAGCACUGAUAAAUAUUUGCAGUAGUGGAACUGUGCGGUUGUCGUUUUUUAUGAGCGGCAGAUGAGCCCGGUUAUCUGUUCACGGAUUAGCUAGUUGCAAUUCUGCUAUGAAUAUUGAGAAUGUCAGAGGACAGCAAGAGAGGGGAUCAUUAGCGAGUGCAUGGGCUUCUAGAUUUCUAUUUAUUCUACCGACAUUUUAGCACUUCGUCAUUGCCUCUACUUGCUGUUUGUCUGUGUGCACUUAAUUGCAAUUUGCAAGAACAUAACUUAAAUCUUUUUAUCUGAAUGUAUCUUAAGACAACCAAUAAAUUAACAAUUUUGAAUAGGUGAAAAAAAAUAAAUCACGAAUGUAUGAGGACCUUUUCGUGUACCAAGAGACCAUGAGCUCAUUUGUGGAAUAAAAUGGUAAAAACCCAA